AUGAACAAUGUAAUAGAUCCAAUCCUCAAAUAUUCUGUCGCGAUUGCUGGAGACAAAAAGCUAGAAGUUUACACGUUGUACUUCUCUUUUCUUAACUUUCUUGGAUUCGAUUGGAAACAGGGCGGUAUAAAUGUUCCGGUACCAGCGUGGGUGAAAUUUAAAGUUUAUCCGGCUUCUUAUCCAAUUAUGAUGUUAAUAGUCAGCUUUCUUAUCAUUAAACUCAAUGUGGAAGUUGAACCAAAAACAGAAUUCGAAAUGAUUAAGAUGAUCAACGGUUUCAUAGUUUCAAUGACUUUCAUUGCAGCAUUUGCCAAGCUACUUUACCUGAGGAUCAUUAAAAAUGACAUACUCGAAUUGCUCAAUAUGUCUGUGACUGUGGGACCUAUAAGCGCUGAGAAGCCGGUAGUAAAAGAUACGAUCCGCUCCUGCGUCCUCUACUUCAUCCUGCUGAACGCCAACGUCGGUACCUGGACCGUAGGCUAUCUGUGGCUCCAUAAUGACUUACCGUUUGCAGCUGCUUUCCCUUGGGACGAGUCGACUGUAGUCGGAUUUUCGUUGUCUUUCAACGUUGACGUUUUGUGCGCCUUCUACUGUAGCAUCGGCCAUACCGUGCUGGACAUAUCUUUCCCUCUAGUUGUCAGCACCAUGUGCUGGCAUAUACAACGCCUGGAAAAACUCUUAUCAACUUUGGGCAAAGACUAUUUCAUAGACAGAAUGAUACUUGACAAAGCGGUAGAUUUGCAUGUACGACUUUUAAGACAGGUCAUUGUCUGCUACAAUCAACUUAUUGUCGCCCAGUCCGUCUACACGGUACUACACUCUUGUAUUUUAAUUUAUGCAGUUGUUAAGGUUUCAAAUAAGGUAGAAGCCGCUUUGAGCUCUGUACCAAUGCUUUCUGCUUCUUACGCCCAGCUCUACAUGUACUGUUCAUACGGCCAGUUGUUGACAGACAAGACUCAUACCUUAAGUUUCGCCGCUUAUAACAACGAAUGGUACCGCUGCCCGCCGAAGUUGAGGAAGUCGUUGGUCCUUUUCCUGGAGGCGACCAAACGAGCCGUCCACCUGAAAGGAUUUGGAAAUAUCCAAGCAUCUCUCGCUAACUAUUUACACAGCUUGCAAGAUUCAGUCUCUUACUUUCUGGUUCUGAAAACUUUGACAUCUGAUGAAAACGCCUAAUCGAUUUUCAAACCAACAACCCUUAGAAAAUAAAUU